CCGGCGUUUUUGAUAACCGCUGGAUUAAAAAAAAAAAAGUUUGAUUUUGACAAGUGUUUUUUUUUUUUGUGGUUGUUACAAAAAAUAACGUGUGCCGUUUGUUUUUUCUGGAUACCCGCCGAGAUAACCGUUGCUCGAUAUGCGGACGUUACCGAUCGCAAUCUGCUGUUUGCUGGCCGUAGCAGUGUCGUUCGACACCGCCGACGCCACGUUCUUCGGAAAGGAACAUGUACACAUUCGAGUACAUGUGCCGACUAUUGUGAAGCCUGUUUACGUGAAGAAACCGGUGCACCAUUAUGAACAUCACGACGAUCAUCACGACAGCCCUCCUAUAAAAAGUUACGGAAGUCCUUCCGGCAUUAGUAGCUACAGUAGCGGAAGUGACGACUCAUACGGAGGAGGUCACGGAAGCUCAGGGGCUUAUGACUCAGGAUCUAGCGGACCCAGUGGAGAUAGUUAUGCAGAUGCACCGUCUGGCAGUUACGGAGGAUCGUCCUCGUCGGAUGAGCACGGCCCGAGCAGUGGUUAUAAUUCUCCUGGCGGUUUCGGUGGUUCGUCCGGAAGCUAUGGAGGCCACGACGUAAGCUCAUCUGGAGGCCCAUCUUCUUCUGGUGGUUACGGAGGUUCUUCAGGAGAUCACGGUGGAUCUUCCGGUAGCUACGGUGAUUUUUCAAGCGAUUUCGGAAGUUCUUUCGGUGACUUCUCGGGAGGUCACGGUGGAUCUUCCGGAAGUUACGGUGGUUCAUCCGGCGGAUAUGGAAGUUCUUCCGGAGGUCAUGGUAGCUCGUCGGGCGGAUAUGGAAGUUCUUCUGGAGGUCAUGGUAGCUCAUUGGGCGGGUAUGGAAGUUCUUCCGGAGGACAUGGAGGCUCGUCGGGCGGAUACGGAAGUUCUUCCGGAGGUUUUGGUGGUUCAUCCGGCGCAUACGGAAGUUCUUUCGGAGGACAUGGUGGCUCGUCGGGCGGAUACGGAAGCUCUUCCGGAGGCUUUGGUGAUUCAUCAAGUGGAUAUGGAAGUUCUUCCGGAGGACAUGGUGGCUCGUCGGGCGGAUACGGAAGUUCUUCUGGAGGUUAUGGUGGUUCGUCUGGUGGUUUUAAACCUUCGUCCAGUGGAUAUUCGACCAGUGGUACUCUAUACAGUGGAUUCUCUGCCAGUAAUCUUAAAGGUGCGUCCGGCGGUCAUGGCGGUAGCUUAUCCGGAGGACUAGGAAGCUACUCCAGUGGAAGUCAUGGUUCCAGUUCGGGAGGUUCAGGAGGUUAUUCGGGAGAUUCCAGCUUUGGAGGUCUAGGUGGAUACACGAGCAGCGCCGGUGGACAUGGUUCCGGAGGGUUCGGAGGCCUUGGUGGAUACUCCGGUGGAUCUAGCUUAGGAAGCUCAUCUGGUGGAUAUGGAGAUAGUUUAUCUGGUGGUGGUCACGGCUCUAGCUCUGGUGAACUCGGUGGAUUUUCCGGAGGUGCAGACAGCUACUCAGCCCCGGGACUUGACAGUUAUGGACCGGCAGGAGAAAGCUUCCCAUACUCUAAGAAAUAAGCCAUUGUAAAGAACGCAAAUAAUGUGUAUUUAGGUUAUUUUGUUUUUUUAAUUUUAACUUACUUUUACCAUGUUUUGUUUUAUACAUCGUAUCUAUUGACUCAAAAAUUAUUUGGAAACAUUUUAGUGUUUCCAGAUUUUAAGACUGACUAUUAUUUGAUAUGUUUUAUGUUUUGUUAUUAAAUAAAAAUAAACAUACUAAAAUGGAUACUUAAA